UUUGCAAAUCCAUUAAAGAAGAAGAGACAAGUGGAUUGUGGAGAGAUUGUUCUUCAAAGAAAAUGUCUAUUUCUUCAAGUUCAUGCCUGGGCCUCAUCUGCUCACUGCUGUGCCACUGGAUGAGGGCAGCAUCCUCACUGAACCUGGAAGACCCCAAUGUAUGCAGCCACUGGGAAAGCUACUCAGUCACUGUGCAGGAGUCUUACCCACAUCCCUUCGAUCAGAUUUACUACACCAGCUGCACUGACAUCCUGAACUGGUUUAAAUGCACGAGGCACAGAAUCAGCUACCGGACAGCCUACCGCCACGGGGAGAAAACCAUGUAUAGGCGCAAAUCCCAGUGUUGCCCCGGAUUUUAUGAAAGCCGAGACAUGUGUAUCCCUCACUGUGCUGAUAAAUGUGUCCAUGGUCGCUGCAUUGCUCCAAACACCUGUCAGUGUGAGCCUGGCUGGGGUGGGACCAACUGUAGCAGUGCUUGUGAUGGUGACCACUGGGGGCCCCACUGUAGCAGCCGGUGUCAGUGCAAAAACAGAGCUUUGUGUAACCCCAUCACUGGGGCUUGCCACUGCACUGCAGGCUACCGGGGAUGGCGCUGUGAGGACCGUUGUGAACAGGGCACCUACGGUAACGACUGUCACCAAAGAUGCCAGUGUCAGAAUGGAGCGACCUGUGACCACAUCACUGGAGAAUGCCGUUGUUCUCCUGGGUACACUGGAGCCUUCUGUGAGGAUCUUUGUCCUCCUGGCAAACAUGGUCCACAGUGUGAGCAGAGAUGUCCCUGCCAAAAUGGAGGCGUGUGCCACCAUGUCACUGGAGAGUGCUCUUGCCCUUCUGGCUGGAUGGGCACAGUGUGUGGUCAGCCCUGCCCUGAGGGUCGCUUUGGAAAGAACUGUUCCCAAGAAUGCCAGUGCCACAACGGAGGAACGUGUGACGCUGCCACAGGCCAAUGUCACUGCAGCCCAGGAUACACAGGGGAACGGUGUCAGGAAGAAUGCCCUGUUGGAACCUAUGGAGUUCGCUGUGCUGAGACCUGCAGGUGUGUUAACGGAGGGAAAUGUUACCACGUGAGUGGCUCAUGCCUGUGCGAAGCAGGCUUUGCAGGUGAACUUUGUGAAGCACGCCUGUGUCCCGAGGGGCUUUACGGCAUCAAAUGUGACAAGCGGUGCCCCUGUCACCUGGACAACACUCAUAGCUGUCAUCCCAUGUCUGGAGAGUGUGGCUGCAAGCCGGGUUGGUCUGGACUGUACUGUAAUGAAACAUGCUCUCCUGGUUUCUACGGGGAGGCUUGCCAACAGAUCUGCAGCUGUCAAAAUGGAGCAGACUGUGACAGUGUGACUGGAAGGUGUGCCUGCGCUCCAGGAUUCAAAGGAACCGACUGCUCUACUCCAUGUCCUCUGGGACGCUAUGGGAUAAAUUGUUCUUCUCGCUGUGGCUGUAAAAACGAUGCGGUCUGUUCUCCCGUGGAUGGAUCAUGUAUCUGUAAGGCAGGCUGGCACGGGGUAGACUGUUCCAUCCGCUGCCCCAGUGGCACAUGGGGCUUUGGCUGUAACCUAACGUGUCAGUGCCUCAAUGGUGGCGCCUGCAACACGCUGGAUGGGACCUGCACCUGUGCACCCGGAUGGCGAGGGCCGAAGUGUGAAUUUCCCUGCCAGGAUGGCACAUAUGGGCUGAACUGUGCUGAGCGCUGUGACUGCAGCCAUGCAGAUGGCUGUCACCCCACUACGGGCCACUGCCGCUGCCUUCCUGGAUGGUCAGGUGUACACUGUGACAGUGUGUGCGCUGAGGGACGCUGGGGUCCUAACUGCUCGCUGCCCUGCUACUGUAAAAAUGGGGCUUCGUGUUCUCCGGAUGAUGGCAUCUGUGAAUGUGCACCAGGAUUCCGAGGCACCACUUGCCAGAGAAUCUGCUCCCCGGGUUUUUAUGGACAUCGCUGUAGCCAGACAUGCCCGCAGUGUGUGCACAGCAGUGGGCCCUGCCACCACAUCACAGGCCUGUGUGACUGCUUGCCUGGCUUCACCGGUGCCCUGUGUAAUGAAGUGUGUCCCAGUGGCAGAUUUGGGAAGAACUGUGCAGGUGUUUGCACCUGCACCAACAAUGGCACCUGUAACCCCAUUGACAGAUCCUGUCAGUGCUACCCAGGAUGGAUUGGUAGCGACUGCUCCCAACCCUGUCCGCCUGCCCACUGGGGUCCGAACUGCAUCCACACCUGCAACUGCCACAAUGGAGCCUUUUGCAGCGCCUAUGACGGGGAAUGCAAAUGCACUCCUGGCUGGACGGGGCUCUACUGCACCCAGAGAUGCCCUCUGGGCUUCUAUGGCAAGGACUGUGCACUGAUAUGCCAAUGUCAAAAUGGAGCUGACUGUGACCACAUCUCAGGGCAGUGUACCUGCCGCACGGGAUUCAUGGGACGGCACUGUGAACAGAAAUGCCCUGCAGGAACGUACGGCUAUGGCUGUCGCCAGAUCUGUGACUGUCUGAACAACUCCACCUGUGACCACAUCACUGGCACGUGUUACUGUAGCCCAGGAUGGAAAGGGGCACGGUGUGACCAAGCUGGGGUCAUCAUCGUGGGCAAUCUGAACAGCUUAAGCCGGACCAGCACCGCCCUUCCUGCUGAUUCCUAUCAGAUCGGGGCUAUCGCGGGCAUCGUGGUCCUUGUUCUUGUUGUGCUCUUCCUGCUGGCCUUGUUCAUCAUCUACAGACACAAGCAGAAGAGGAAGGAAUCGAGCAUGCCAGCUGUGACCUACACCCCUGCCAUGAGGGUCAUCAACGCAGACUAUACCAUCGCAGAAACCCUGCCUCACAGCAAUGGCGGAAAUGCCAACAGCCACUACUUCACCAAUCCCAGUUAUCACACACUUAGCCAGUGUGCCACAUCCCCUCAUGUGAACAACAGGGACAGGAUGACCAUUGCAAAGUCAAAAAACAACCAACUGUUCGUGAAUCUUAAAAACGUGAACCCGGGGAAGAGAGGUGCGUUGGUGGACUGCACCGGUACGUUGCCAGCUGACUGGAAGCAAGGAGGCUACCUCAAUGAGCUCGGUGCUUUUGGGCUGGACAGAAGCUACAUGGGAAAGUCUUUAAAAGAUCUGGGAAAGAACUCUGAAUAUAAUUCAAGUACUUGCUCCCUAAGCAGCUCUGAAAACCCAUAUGCUACCAUUAAAGACCCGCCUGCGCUCCUGCCUAAAAGCUCUGAGUGUGGCUACGUAGAGAUGAAGUCACCAGCUCGGAGAGACUCCCCAUAUGCAGAGAUCAACAACUCAACUUCAGCCAACAGGAAUGUCUAUGAAGUUGAACCUACAGUGAGUGUUGUGCAAGGAGUAUUCAGCAACAGUGGUCAUGUCACCCAAGACCCAUACGACCUUCCAAAGAACAGUCACAUCCCUUGCCAUUAUGACCUGCUGCCAGUAAGGGACAGUUCAUCCUCCCCAAAGAGAGAGGAUGGUGGUGGUGGCAGCAGCAGCAGCAGUAGCACCACCACCAGCAACAGCAGCAGCAGUGAAUGACAUCAAAGGACUACUGGGUGACCAUUGGUACUCUUUCCGAGCCUUCAGUUCAUCUCCAGUUGGCACUGCAGAUGACCAUGAAUUAUUCUAAUAAGCAGUUGUUGGACAUGUACCAGAAAGCUCCAAGCUGAGGCUGACACUCAUCAAGGUGUGUCGUGAACACAGGGUUUGGAAGGAGAGAGCUUCAUGAUUUCUCAUUGCUGUUAGGUUAGGAAUGGCACCAAUGACUUGUCUUAAGAUGUUGGCCGAUGAGGUGAACUUCUCAGAACCUUUCUGAGACACAGACUGGAGGAGACAUUGUAUUGUCACCUGGAAAACUAAAGUCUAUUUGUUGUUUGUAGCAUCACAGAGCCACUCCUAGGAUUGUGCAGGUCACCACACAUUUACCUAAGAAAAGUGAAAACCGCUAAACACAUAGGAGACGAAGAAUAUAUUCCUGAGUCCUUCUUGCAUAAUGUUUUUUUUCCAUUUGGACUCAAGAUCAGAAGAAUUCUGUCAGGUGGUAGGAUUGGAUAGCAAUGGGAGCAAAUCUAAACAUAAAACUUUAUGUUUGUUUUUAGGAUGAGAAAUAUACAAUUAGAAUUAUUUUAGACAUAGUAUAAGUAUUGUAGAAAUCAAAUCAUAAAUGUGGCAUUUCUGUUUGACCUUUGGCCCACGUUAGAGUCUUGAUUUCAUUCAAAUUGCUGUCCCAUCAUGCAUAUUUACCA